GACUAUCUUCCAGAGUUGGCUAAAAUUGUGAUUGAAGGUGACAAACAUCGAAGUGAACGGAACGGGCUUAGCCCCCGUCCAACUCAGUCUGCUGGAGCAAUCGGUGCGUCAUCGAACAGCUUGAAGAUGGGCGGCGGCUCUCGAGAAUCUAAAAGACCGGAAACAUCUUAUACCGCGCAAACCAGACGGACAUUGGAUACGAACGAGUUUGUUUUUGAUAAUAAGAUCCGAAUGUUAUGCCAUGGAAGAAGUAGAACAAGCAUUAAUGAAGAUCUGGAAGAUAACGAGUACGAUGGGGAUAAGAUUGACGAACUAGAAAAAUUACACGGUUUGAACUCAAGUGACGAGGAUUUUGUGCUUGAAUGUCUCGGUUGUUUAGCCAAUUUAAAUUUGAAAGAUCUAGACUUUAGUCGCGUACUGACUGAACUAAAUCUCUUGAACUGGAUCCGAGAGACAUUGACCACACUUGCCACAUCUGACAGGCGCGCCAGUUCUGCGGGUUACAAAGCACAUUUACCUUUACCGUCUGAUUUGAUGUCCAAUGCAUCUGUGCUUCCCUGUUUCCGCGUGCACUGUGAGGAUGAUGUGAUUUUGGAGACUACCAGGCUAGUCGGUACGGUAUGUCAGGAUUGUGCAGCAGCCAAACUGGUCGUAGACGCUGAUCUAAUUCCAAUUUUGAUUCAACUUCUUAACGAGGCUCCAGCUUAUCUGAUCGAUCUAAUGCAUGAUAAAAAUAAUGAAGUUCGAAGACUAUGCGAUAUCUCGUUGGAUAUUAUAUCUGAUUUCGAUUCCAACUGGGGCACUCGAAUUCAGGCUGAUCGGUUUCGUUGGCAUAAUAGUCAAUGGCUAGAGAUGAUUGAGUCUGCUAAUAAUCCAACUGUGAUCGGAACCGAUCCGACCACAGAGGCAGUCAUUGCGGCCGCUUUAGCUGCAGCCAGUCGUUCUCGGGCAAAAUGUCGUCGUGGAAUACGUAAAGGAGCGGGCGAUCAGGAUGAAAACGAGUCUGAACCAGAUGAAGAGGACUCUUUAGAACUACGGGACGAUAGUCCAGAUUUUGAUGAACCCGGUUCCGGACCGUUUGGAAUGGGUUUGGAUAUUGAUGAUGCAGCCGCGUUUCUCAUGUCCUUGGGCCCCCAUUCGACUAGAAAAGGAUCGGCAGAAUCCGAUGAUCGAAUGGAUUACAUGAAACAAUUGGAUUUUCUUUAUCCAGCUGGCAAUGUGUUGUAG